AUGUCCCUCGCGGUGUCGAUCACGACGAGCGUCGCGCGCAUCCGCGCCCGCGCUCGAACGUUGGGAUCGGCGCGAGUCGCCCGUCUUCCCUCGCGUCCGGUCCGCGGAACCUUCCGCGUCGCGGCGUCCAAGGAUGCCGAUGGCGAUGACAAGCCGGAGGAGAAGAAGUUCAAGAAGAACCAGACCGAGUUCGACUCCGCGGACGACUGGAUCGCCAACUGGAAGCAGGGUAACUUUCCCAGGGCCAAGGGGUGGAAAUUCGGGGACAAGAGCGACGCGGGCACCGGCACGUUCGAGGAGGUGGUCGGCCAGUCCGGCGGCGACGGCGACACCGACGGAUCGACCACGUACCAGAGCGAGGAGGAGGCCGAGGCCGAGGACAGGUCCAACAAGUACGGCGGCGACCCCAACGACUACGUGUACGUCUUCGCGCACAACAUGAUGUCCCCGCCCGAGGACUCCUUCGCGUGCAUGUACCUCCGGGACGUCCUCGGCACCUACGACGUGCCGCUGCUCACGCCCAACCUGGCGCCCGCCGGGUGCGAGUUCACGGUGACCAGCGCCGUGGAGGCUCUCACAUCGGCGGUGAAGGAGGCGGAGGCUGCCAACCCCGACAAGCCCGUGCGAUUGAUCGCGUCGAGCAUGGGGGCGUACGUGGCGGCCGUGUACGCGAGCAGGGAGGAGAACGAGGGACGGAUCGAUCGCAUGAUGCUCCUGGCGCCCACGUUUAAGCCGAGCGCCGUGCUGGACUCGCUCACCAACGAGCUGGGCGUCGAGUUCACGGAGGCUUUUCGGGAGGAUCUGGGGAACCACGAGGAGUUCCCGUUCGUGUCGUGUGCCGCGUACGUGGUGCACGGGUACGACGACGAGGCGGCGCCCCUGGAUAACUCGCUGACUUGGGUGAGGGACGCCAGCGUGAACAUGCGAACGGGCGCGACGGGGAAGGAGGGCAUCGAGGUGGGCGAGAGGAGGCUGCUCGAGGUGGCGGGGAUGGGACACGGGAUCGAGAACGCGCUGCCUCAGAUCAAGAGCAAGCUCAUCUCCUUCUUCAAGCUGCCGUUCGUCAUCCCCGAGGGGCUGGAGUAG